GGAGAUGAACCCUGACAUGUUCUGACCGCCUAUAAUAGCACGGGGCCACGUUUAGACCGAUGUUCAUCCUUGGAACGCCGGCAAGACGCAAUACGGGGUCCUGCUCUGACUUGCAAUACCCUGUGAAGGGAAGAGCCAUUAUCAGUGGAAAAACAACAUCGCAUUUUUAAAGUAACAACUAACCUGAAAGUAGCUGUUGUUGUUGUUCCACAGCGUAGGGUAGGUAAGAGCCGUGUCGACUUGCAGAUAGACACUUGUGUGUGUGUGCGCUGAGCCGUUUGGCACCUGAGAUGGAAAAAUCAGCCGGGACAGCGGAGAGCGCAGGCGGCAGCGGUGGACGGGAGCGUCUGGGAAUGCGCUUCACCAUCGACUACCUGCUGUUCAACAAGGGGCGGGACGGCCCCGGAGGGCAGCCCGAGGCACGGGCCCACCCAGCGGACGCACAGCCGCCCCGUGGCGUAAACGGCGAGCCGGGCCCGGGGAGCCCAAAAGAGAGCUUCAGCCUGGGGCUGGGGAGCCGGGGGAGCCUGGGGAAAGGAGCUGAGGGAUCGGAAGAGAGGAACGAGGGAAACGAGGAAGGAGGACAGGGGAGCGCCGGCUCAGACGACCCCCAGGACAAGCCGAGCCAGUCCUACAUCGCCCUCAUAUCAAUGGCCAUCUUGGCCUCCGGAGAGAAGAAGCUGUUGCUGUGCGAUAUCUACCAGUGGAUCAUGGACCACUACCCGUACUUCAAGAGUAAGGAUAAAAACUGGAGGAACAGCGUGCGCCACAACCUCUCCCUGAACGAGUGCUUCGUCAAGGCGGGCCGCAGCGACAACGGCAAGGGCCACUUCUGGGCCGUCCACCCCGCCAACCUGCCCGACUUCUCCAGGGGGGACUACCACCGCCGUCGCCGCACCCGCCGAAGGAUUCGGCGAGCGGUGGGGCAGAUCCAGUGCCCCGUGCCUCCGCCCGUCUACCACCCCGUCCCCCGCUCGCGGGACACCCCGCUAUGGGGGCUCCCUCCGGACCGUCCCCUCUCCUGUGUCCCAGCCGGCGUGUACUGGAGCUGGGCCACUCUACCGGCCCCCCACAUCCCACCCUACCUCUCUCUUAUCUGAACAAGCCCUUUACCGCUAUACUAUCUUGGUGCGCAUUUCUCCGCUCUUUGCUCCUUCCUGUUGGCUUGGGAGAACAGCUACAUUUGAAUGCACUGUACUGGACACUGUGAUAUUUCAGCAGUACUGUACAGCGAUACUGUGAUCCCAAAGAUUUAUAUAAUGCUGCUGUGUUAUUUUUCCUAAAAGUUAAUACUGAAAGGUACUGUGUUAGCUUCUGUUAUCCUGGCAGAAAUAAGCGUCCCAAAUCUUGAACAAGAUUUAGUUUCAGUUGUUUCAUGUUUUACAUGUUGAUGUUUGUUUCUCUUGUGUACUAUAUGUAAUGUUAAUGUUAUUGAAUAUAAUGCUGUAAAUAACUUGUAAAAUACAAAAUUGUACUUAUAUUUUAUAAAAUAUGACUAAUAAAAUUUUUAAAAUUUUCUAUUUCAUUUCAUUCUGUUAAUCUAUGUCAUUGUAUAGAUUAGAUCAAUUACCUGCACCAGUUUGAUCAAAUAUGAGGUCAUUUCA